AUGGAGAGCUUGAGAAAACCUUUCAGAGGGAUUGUGAAUGAUUGUAAGGGAAGAGCAUUGCACUACAAAGAUGAUUGGCUUUCUGGAUAUUGGCACCAACUACAUAUAUUUUUCUUUGCUUCUGCUCUACCUGUUAUUGCUUUCGGCGCGCAGCUCAGUAGAGACACAGAUGGAAGCUUGAGUGUUGUAGAGACAUUGGCUUCUACAGCAAUUUGUGGAAUCAUACACUCCAUUUUUGGUGGACAACCUCUACUAGUUCUAGGAGUUGCAGAACCCACUAUUCUUAUGUAUACAUAUUUGUACAAUUAUGCCAAAAAUACGGAGGGCUUGGGACGAGAACUCUAUUUGGCUUGGGUAGGAUGGGUUUGUAUUUACAAGGGAUUGCUGGUGAGGUUUUAUGGCAUGUUGAUUACAGUCUUAUUCAUUCAAGAGGCUAUCAAGGGAAUGGUAACUGAGUUUCAAGUUCCUAAAGAAGGGAAUCCAAAAUUGGACAAUUUUCAAUUUCAUUGGUUGUAUGCAAAUGGAUUGCUUGGUGUUAUAUUCACUUUUGGCCUUCUCUAUACUUCUUUAAAAAGCAGAAGAGCAAGGUCGUGGUUAUACGGAACAGAAACGUUAAGGGGUUUCAUUGCAGACUAUGGAGUUCCUUUCAUGGUAGUGGUGUGGACAGCUUUAUCAUUCGUAGUAGUAUCGAGUAAAGUACCUUCUGGUGUUCCAAGAAGACUCGUUGCACCUUUGGCUUGGGAAUCUGCGUCGUUACAUCACUGGACAGUAAUCAAAGAUAUGGGCAAGGUUUCUCCAACACACAUUUUUCAAGCUUUUAUUCCUGCCAUAAUGAUAGCAGGGCUUUACUUCUUUGACCAUAGUGUUGCAUCCCAAUUGGCACAACAAAAGGAAUUCAAUCUCAGGAAACCUUCUGCAUAUCACUAUGACAUAUUGUUGCUAGGAUUCAUGACUUUGCUUUGUGGACUAAUCGGCUUGCCUCCUUCAAAUGGAGUUCUGCCUCAAUCCCCUAUGCACACUAAGAGUCUGUCUGUUUCUCAAGAAACAGUUGAUCAGAAGAAAGAUGGUUAA